UAUGUCGUGCUUAUCUUACCGCCAUUUAAUUAAGAAUAUGUCGUCAUAUAAUUUAACUGCAAAAUUACAACUUGAAGCUAUUAAACACAUACGAAGAAAUUCUCGAACGCGAGUGAUAAACGAAAGCGUAGUUAGCAAGGUCAACAAUGAAUAAGAGUAAGAGAGAGAAAAAGAUAGACAUAUAUAUAUAUGUAACGAGAGAGAGACAGUGAAUAGAAACAGAAAAAUCUUGGGAAGUCCCGAAAAGCAUGAUAGUUGGUUGAUGGAUUGGUGAAGAACCUUGAUAUUUAACAUGCCAUUCGUAGACCUUGUUAAAUAUAUACAUAUGUGCAUACGUAUGAACGAUCAUUCUGUAUUAGAAGUUGAAUAUAAUCGGCUCGGAGUAGCUACUAACGACACGGUCUGUUUCAAAUAUUGACAUAUUGCUUAUAAAACGAAGACAGCGAGAGCGACAGAGCGAGCGAAAUAGAGAGAGAGAGAGAGAGAGAGAGAGAGAGAGAGAGAGAUAAGACACAUAAAACUAUUAUUAUUGGAAGGAUCCACUCCACUUGAUCAAGGAGUCUACGAUCGAAAUUGAUAUUUGAGGAAGAUAAGAGAUUGGAAAUUUUCUAGUGAAAUUGAUAAAAGACAAGUGAUAAGUGAAAGUCAAGGACCUAAUAAUAUUCAUCGAUACAAAAACCGAAAUCUCCCCCCCCCCUCUCUCUCUCUCUGUUUUUGUCUCUGUCUCUGUUUCUAUCUCCGUCUCUAUCUCUGUCUCUGUCUCUGUUUUUGUCUCUCUCGUUACGGUCAUUUCUAUCUCGAGUUGAAGAACUCGGGGAAGCACCAACGUGUGUUGUGUCCGUAUCACGUGAAUCCAAGGAUCGACCAGUAAGCGUGUCGACAAGCGUGCUUUAACAGAAGAUCGAUCGAUUGCUGGUACGAACCUUUUUCUUUGCAAAAUCAUCAAGGGGUUUGGACGUGGAGGGAGUAACGAUAAUAAGUAACCGAACAUCGACGAUAUCGGACAGAUCGGCAAAAGAAUUGAGAGUAUUCGGAUCGAGAACAACCAUUAGAAAGCUAGGUGUAAUCGAGUUUUAAUCGAUUAAUAAUGAUCUAUUACGAGGAUCAAACAUCAUCUAAAUCAAACCACGUAAUAGCAAAAAAAAGAUCUAAUAUCUUAGUGCCAAUAAAAAGAUCAAAUUGACUUUAUUGAAAUCGGUAAAACAUUUACGAUUACGAUCAAAGGGAAGAGGAGAUCGAACGAAGAAUUAUUUCUUUCGAGUUCAUCGAGAAUUCUUAUUUUUUUCCUUCGUUGAUCCGAGAGAAACAGUUGAAAAUAACGUUUCGACGUGAUAUAAUUGACUGAUAAUAAUUAUUGAAAUAUAAUAAAUCAAUAAGAUAAAGAUAAUCGUUGGAAAUAUGAAGAAGGAUCGGGAAAGUGUAAGAAGAUUAAAAGGCGAUGGUUUAUCGGUGGAAAUGGAUUCGAAUAAUCGGAUACUCGAGGUCACCGGUGAUGGUUGCAAGAUUACGUUAACAAAAAAUUGUGGUAGUGUGCGUGUCGUCGGAGAUGGGUGUCGAAUAAAGGUCACUCACAAUGUUGGUGAUAUCAUUUAUACUGGUGACGGUGGACGAGUUUUGCUCGGUCCAAAAUCAUCGAAGGAAAAGGUCCAAUAUUUUGGUGAUGGUGGUAAGAUCAGUUUCGAUUCUGAUCCGAAGAAAAUAAAUCAGAAUUCUGAGAGUACGAGAGAUGUCAAGGAAUCGAUCGUCUUGAAGAAUUACCUUGGUACGAAUAAGGAAAAGAGUAUAGAAAUGGAAAAGAAGGAUACGAGAAAAGCGAAGACUGAAAAAUUAAAUCUACAAAAAGAAAAAAAAGAAUCACUUAAUCGUAAUAAGAUAAGAGAUAAGAAGGAGAUGAAAAAUAUAAAAACGACUACAGUUUUCAUGACGACCAACCAUGAAUCUAAGGAUUUCUUCCAAGUUAACAAAUGGUUCGUUUCUCCGACUUCGAUCGUUCGAACAUUCGUAGAAAAAGUGCCUACGGUGACAGUACGUGGUGAAAAAAAAAUUUCAACGGAUUCUAACAAAUGAUGGACAUACUUUUUUUCCUUAAUUAAUUUAAUAUAUAUAUAUAUAUAUAUGUUUGGAUUGGCCAAAUGUUCGUUCGAUAUUUCUCGAAUUUUUUGACGAAUGUGUCUAUCUAUAAAUAGCAUCACGAAAUUAGAGAUAAUUAUGAAGUAGAAUAAGCGAUAAUGAGUAGACGUGGAACAUCGAAAUUGAACGAAAUUGAGAAAAAAAAAACAGGCGGUUAAAAUAGAAGAACGAAUGAGAAACCAUUCUUAUGUAAUUAGAACCAAUUUAGCAUUGUUACGAAGUAGAAACGAAUUUAUAUGUAAAAUCGUAUUAGAAACCUCACACUUCGUGUUCCAUCUUGCCGAUGGUUUUAACGACAUCAACACGUAAUAUAUAUAUAUAUAUAUUAUUAACAUAAAAAACGUUAUAUAUAUAUAAUAUAUAUAGAAUAUUUAUGUAAAGUGAUUGUACCUCGACGAAGAUAUUAGAUCUUCUUCAAAUGACUGAUUUCUUGUAUACGAACCUACUACCUCAUAUAUAUAUAUAUAUUCAUGUAUUAUUUAAUUUUAUUUGAAUGUAUCCUAAAUGUAAUUGUGAAUAAGUAAAAAGUAUUAUUUAAUAUAAUUAUAAUUAUCUUAAGUCUACUGUGCAAACAGCGCGGUUUGAUCUGUUGACUGAGUUUCUCAUCGACUAGAAAAUUUAAAAGAUAUUUUAAUGUGUUCUCUUUGUUAUAAAUGAAUUUAUAAUAAGAAAAAAAAAAAAAAAGGAAAUUAAUGAUGUUAAAAAAGGGACAUCGAAAGGUUUGCUAAUGAUGCUAUCAAGAACAUCACUUUAAUUAAAAUUUUAAAACGAUCUAACGGGCCAAGAUCGUAGCUAAAGAACCAAAGAGAUUUCAGUAGUGAUAAAAUGAUUAGUAGUACAUAGUAAGCGUAUAAAAAAAAAAGAAAGAAAAAAGAAACGUGUAUUAAAGGGAGCAUGUACUACGACAUAAAGUAUGUAUAAAGUAGUAAAGUAUAUGGUUUUAAAAAAUU